AUGCUGCAUUACCUGACCAUUCUGGUCCUGGCUUUGAUGGGAGCCUACAUUGGAGAAAACCACCAGGAUUUAUGGGACCUCAAGGAUAUUCCAUUGACCAUGGCCCCAGGUUCAUAUGAUGACCAAUACUUCGGCUGUUCAUCUGCAGUGGAGAAUAAAUUGAUGAAUACAAGUACAGAUGGUUUUAACACAACGUAUCAUUUGGUCUGGGAAAAUGCAACCAACCACUGGGAGAAGAUUAAAGGCUCUCUCGCACUGCCUUCUGGCUUCAAGGAUGACUAUGGGAUUGCUAUCGUUGCUUAUACUGACAAUUCCAGUGAUUUGUACAAAAAAUUCAACAUCGCAGUACGGGAAGGUGGACAAUCCAGUGAUAACUAUACGCAAUCCUUCCAUUUCAAGAGUUUCCACUUUCUUCUGACAAAAGCCAUCAAGGCACUGAAGACCACCCAACCUGGUUGCUACGAUGUGUUUCGUGGUGUGAGAGGUGUAAGAUUCGCUGUCUCUGAUCCCAAUAACCUUGUCCGUUUUGGACAGUUUACUUCUUCAUCCCUGAGUGAAAAAGUUGCAAAGGACUUUGGGCAGGGCACUUCCUUCAUAAUCAAGACCUGUCACGGAGCCAAAAUCAGCAACUUCUCCAUCUUCCCUGAACAAGAAGAGGUUUUGAUCCCACCUUACGAAAUGUUCAUGUUUGUAGAAAGCAAGGACGAAACUCAAAUCACUCUCCACAGUUUGUGCAAUAUGAGCAACUUCAACUGUCAAUCAAAGCGAG